GCUGCUGCUGCUGCUGCUGCUGCUCGCCGCCUCCAAUCACCCAAUCCCAGUCCCAAUCCCAGCUUCAUAUCGCUUUGGUCGCCGGAAAAUAUUCAGCCUCGACUCGCAUGAGUCCUCUUUGCUCAAAGAGCAACACUCCGACCCUUCGUCUUGUCACCACAUCCAACCCAACUCCACCAACUCAACCCAACCCAACUCCAGUCCUGGUCGUCAAUGGAGUGGCUUAAGCAGAUUCAUCCCACCAUCAAGAUGCUGAGGGGCGCGAAAGCCCGGCGGGCACCACCCCAGCAGCCCGCAGAUGCUUCUGGACAUGCGUUGUGGAUGCGACGCCUGGCCAGAAGCGAGCAGAUACACACUCAGUGCCUCGAGGUUGCACUGAAGCGAUUCGAAGUCAUCGCACUUCCGGAACUCAGCUCCAUGUCCAUGCUCUUUACCGAGCUCGUGAAUCUUGGGCGAAUCAUCGUUGAAAGCGGUCGCAGUGACCCUGAGAGCAGAGUUCUCCUCCGGCUCGAACAGAUGCUCCGGUCGGCGUACCAAUGUUACUCUCGCCAAAUGCUCAUGCUGAUACAGACGCCAGUGCCGGCAUUGGAUAGACACGCAUACUCUCAGGAAGUCAAGGAGUCACUUUGGAUACCCUACAAGCGGUUGUAUCUUUACCGGUACUACCUCUUGCGACUGGGCAAGACUUGCUUUGGAUAUCAUAUCUCGGAUCUCUUGCCGUUCAUCAAGUCCAUAAUCCUCCAGCUCGACACUUUCUACGCCGGCCAUCCAAGGGAAGAUUCGUGGGACGAGCUUUGCGAGAUUGAAGAACUCUUCGAGAAUGACCCCUUGAAUGUGGACAAGACCGAUUUGAUGCUCCCAGUGACUGUCAGCGGUGCCAUCGGGUCAAGAACGGUAUGCUUUCGAGAUCAAGGCUUCUCGCUAGUGCAAAAUACCAAGUCUAAAGGGCUUGAACUCGGAGUGACCAUGGAUGGAUCGCGCGCCCGCCGACCAUCCAACUGGACAAAGCGUCCGAAUCGAUUCCAUCGAUCACCGAGAGAAUGGGAGAUCAUGUAUGGCCCAUUGCGCAAUGUUCGCCGGUCCAGUUCAAGACUGAGGCUGCGCCUCCAUCGCAGAGGUCGAUCUCGAAGAAGGUCCCUGCGGAGCUUCUGCAGGCGUGUAUCCGAGGCUAUACGCCUGGAUUUUUGGGAACCCCUCUGCUCACGGCUCAAACAGAUGCGACAAAAGAAGCCCGCAGAGGGCUUUCCUAUUUUCAAGGUCGGAUCGGGCUUGAAGCGCCAAAAUAUCCGACUCACGUUGGUUGAUGGGCGCAUGUAUAUUGUCAGAGCAGAGGAGCGAGCGCCGAAGUCCAAGGGACGGUCCCAGUUGAUGUAUCCGCCAAUAGAUACACAGAAGCUGCGCUACAUCUACCGAGACAUGCCUGGGCUUGAGAAUGUCAUUGAAAUUCACUUUAACAACGAAAUCGUGAUUGUCGAGGGCUGCACCAAAGACUCAAUACAGCGGCUGGCCUCCGAAUUGAGCCGCUCAAAAGAGCGCUUCCCCACGCUUGGCGGAGAGUGCUUGAAUGAUAUAUGGGCCGAUGGCCCAAACGAACGCGUAAAAACCGAGCCCACAAACGUCAUGGGAAAAAUCGAUCCGGAUGUUGUCGGCAUUUUCACGGAUGGACGCCCACCAGUGUGCGGGUAUGAGAUUCAUGGACCUGACCAGCGAUGGAAGGUCGACUUUGUCGAGCCCGCAAGACCAGCCUUGUUCCAGGCCACAUGCAAAAGCGUCCACCAUCGCAUCAGUAGCGGCUGGCUGAAGCUGUCGGGCCAGGCAGUCAGCAUCUAUGGCCCAGACGACGCCAAUGCCGACCUCGACGUUGCCUGGGUCCGCAUUGUCGAUCAAGUCACGGGCCGGAUCCGCAUGGAGCAGCGCAUCACACCUUCGACCAAGGGAAUCCUCCACUCGGCAACCAACGGCUACGAGAUCCGGUACAUUGACUCCCGCGGGGUGCAAGUAUUCCACCUCCAGUUUCAGGACGCCGAGUCGGCGCAGCGUCUGUCCGGUUUGAUCGAGCAGUUGUCCAUCGAUGCAGUGCGGCGCUCCAGUGCAAAAGCCGCAGGCCAGGCAACUGCCACCACAAUCGAAGCAUCCUUGGUGAAUGACUCGCCAUCCCAGAGCUUCAGUGGCUGCUGGACUUGCUGCAGAGGCGACUGGGUCGAUGUCGGGCCCGUCCGUGCUGUGAUAACCUGCCGCCCUCCAUCAAAGGAGCCCGAUGGCCCCGGGUCUGGCCAGGCUAUUGCCGCAGUAAUGUUACAGUCAGUCCCGCACCCCAACAUCACAGUCGGUGGAUGGACGAUCGAUUCUCGUUCCUUUGCCUCGCGGGUAGACGGUCAAUGGGUCCAAGUCUCUGUGUUUGACCAGGCCGAACAGCAGUACCGUAUCCUGGCUGGGUCCGAGAUCGCCGCCGAGGCAUUCAAGACCUGGAUCAAUAGCUAUACCGCUGCUGCGCCCCUGCUAUCAGAACUGCCCAAGAGUAUGUCGCUUCUCCAGGCACCGCAGAAGGUAUCCUUUGCCUCUACAGAGUCCGGAGAGACGCUCCUGGAGGCCGCGAUCCCAACACACCGUGCGCUGGACAAACGACAUUCGCAGUCAAGCGAGAGCCUCCAGAAGCCCGGCAAGGUCAUCCGGCUGAUCCAAAAAUUCAACCAGUGGUCGCUGGCAUAGAGGGGAAGCUUGAGCGAUGGCUUGGACGAUGUGAUGAUGUCGCGACCCAUCCCGCAUGCAUAUGCUUGCUCUUCUCUUUCGCUGCAGACAUUUUGGUGAUAAAACGGGAUGCACCAUUGGGAUCCAUCGAUACUUACAGCGUUUCCAAAAUGAAAUGGGACACCCCCGUUUUGGGCCAUGACUGUGUUUUUUUCUGGAACCUGAAUACACACCCACUCAUCG